UAAUACCGUUUUCAAGGCACAUUUAAUGAGUAGGCAAGAGUUGGGAAAUUAACUCUGUUGGAUGGCAAUACUGAGAUCUCUUCUUUACAUACAACAUGAAUCUAUACAUCUCUGUUUCUCAGCUGUGGGAGGACAUGAAGUUGAGCCAUCUGGCUAAAUACGGGGCAAUAACUGCAGCUACAGUUAUUAGUCUGGCUGUGUUGAGAAAGUGGAUUGCAGGCGGAGCUUGCCACAGUUGUGUACGAUUAGAUGGCAGGACUGUUGUCAUCACUGGUGCCAACACUGGCAUUGGAAAAGAGACAGCACAGGAUAUGGCUAAGAGAGGAGCACGUGUCAUAAUGGCUUGUCGAGACCUCUCAAGAGCAGAGAAGGCUGCAGAAGAAAUACGCUGCUCCACAGGAAAUGGGAAUGUUGUGGUACGGCAUUUGGACUUGGCCUCCUUCUUCUCAGUACGACAGUUUGCACAGGAAUAUAUCUCCACAGAAGACCGAUUGGACAUACUAAUCAACAAUGCCGGAGUGAUGAUGUGUCCCCACAGUCUAACAGUGGAUGGGUAUGAAACUCAGUUUGCUGUCAAUCAUUUGGGCCAUUUCAUAUUGACUGUAUUACUCCUGGAUAUGCUGAAGACAUCUGCCCCUAGCCGGAUAAUCAACGUGUCCAGCAUUGCUCAUAAAGGGGGAAAGAUCCAUUUUAAUGAUCUCAACUUCACCAAAACACCAUAUGACUCUUUGGUUAGCUACAGGCAGAGCAAACUUGCUAACAUGCUCUUCACCAGAGAACUAGCACGCCGGACCAAAGGUUCUGGAGUAACAGUGUACGCACUGCAUCCUGGAGUGAUCCAAACUGAAUUGGGCCGGUAUGUACAGAGGCGCCACCCUGUGCUCAGCACCCUUUUAUUUAUUCCUGCCUUCCUCCUGAUGAAGACCCCUAAGCAGGGAGCUCAGACCUCUAUCUACUGCGCUGUUACUGAGGGUCUGGAAAAGUACAGUGGUUGCUAUUUUAGUGAUUGUCAGCUGACGGAGCCAGCAUCGGAGGCUAAAGAUGACCUCGCUGCAGUCAGACUUUGGGAUGUGAGUUGUCAAAUGGUAGGCUACAAAGAAGAGAACUGACACCAGACAACUUAUCACCAUCAUAUGACACAGGACAUCUUCCAUCACCAUCAUAUGCCUGCAGUGCUGUGUUGCUGUGUUCUUAACAUCAGUUUGUUUUGCCUUCCAGUGUUCCUUAUAACAAGUUUCCUAUGUCUUGUCUGUUCCUAUGGUUUAAUAUUAGUUUAAUGUUUACUGUACUACUCAUAAAACCUCAUAAAACUUUGUUAAAUUAAACUCCCAGAACUUGUCAUCUAGUUCAGACUGACCUCUUUAGACCACACACUUUUCCUAUUAUUUUCUCUAUAGCUUCUGAAUGAAUAUUACCUGGUAAUAAAUUAUAUGCUUUCUAAUAAACAUCUGUAAAUUGUAUAAUAUGACAAAAUGUCACCAUAAUAUAUGUAUGAACC